AUAUACACAAACUGUCCUGAAUUAGUCGCGAGUCUAAGACGACAGCAAAUCUUCAAGAUGCACAAUUAUCACUCAAGAACUAGCUUUGGGGGGAUAGCUAGAAAGAGAUCGUCUAUGGCCCAGAUUGUGUCUAACACUCUGUUAAAGGGUCAGCCAGCAAAACCCUCGAGUAUUUCGUUACUUAGGGGCCAAGGACAAUUAAUAAAGCCCCAGUCACCAGAAGGAGAGGUUAUUGAAGACAUGUACCUCGAAGAAAUACUGCAUUCCGGAGAAAAAGAUGAAGUCGACAAUGCAUCUAAAAAGAACAACGUCAGAGCAAAGCUGGGAUUCUUUAGACUUCUCGUUCACGAUUUCAAGAUAUGGAAAAGGCGUUGGAAAAACAAGCAGAUUGACCAGCCAUUUUUCAGAAAAAAGAUCAAAGAAAUUGAAAGUAACUUUGGUUCCAGUAUUGGCGCUCUAUUUGUGUUUACCCGUUGGGUUUUGAUGACGAAUCUGGUGCUCUCUUUUUUCUGGCUUUGUCUAGUUGUGGUUCCCAUGGCUAUAACUUUCCCGUAUGCCAAUGUUACUCAUGGAUUUACUCUAAGAAACUUAAUUGAUGGCCAGGGAGUGUUAGGGGAGGUUUGGGUGUUCUAUGGAGGAUACAAACCCUGGACCUUGGGUGACAACUAUUACCUGGCCCUGGCAUACCUAUCUCUCAUCAUCAUAACCUACUUUGGAACUCUCUUUGUUAUAUUGAAAAGUAUAGGAAAAGCUGCAUCGCCCAGAUCGACUUCGGCGGCCGAGAGUCGAUUCAGGUUUUCUCUAAUGCUCCUAUCCUCUUGGGACUACUCUGUGACGUCAUCACAGGCCAGCAAAAACUUGUCUAAAUGCAUAGUUAGCAUGCUGAAGGACCAUAUUUAUGAGGCCAAAGCUAAAGAUGCUGCAUAUUCCACGAACAAAAGUCAAAUUAUUGGUCUCAGAAUUCUCGCUUGGUUUAUUACAGUACUAAUCAUCGGUGGUGCCUGUGUUACCAUUGUAUUCCUUGUCAUUUAUGUGAAUUUUACAGACCAGGCCCCCAACUCCAAAGAGAGUAACACUGAUUUUAUACAAGUGUAUGGAACGCCUAUUGUAUUCAGUCUCGUUAAUUUGCUGGUUCCUGCAAUAAUAACCAAGUUACCACUGAUUGAGAAGUACUCCAGUGGGAAGGUGGAGUUGAGUAUCACUCUAGCCCGAGUGUUUUGUCUGCGGAUGGCCAAUCUCUUUGCUCUCAUCGUGACCCUAUAUAGUCGUCUUACCAAGUUGACAUAUGAUUGUACUGGAACAGUUAUAGGACAAGAGCUAUAUAAGCUAGUGGUUAUGGAUACAUUUGUACACUUAUUUGGACAGUUAGCAGUGAACUACAUUCGAUAUUUCUGGACGCAAGAAAAGUCAGAAUUUGUUAUUUCAGGACAAGCAUUGGUUCUGAUUUACCGACAAGGACUGAUAUGGGUUGGUACCCUGGCCUGUCCUCUACUCCCCCUGAUCGGUGUGUUCUCAGACGUUGUAUUCUUCUAUGUGAACUACUACAUCGUAAGAGACACCUGUAAACCCCCUUUGAAGCGCUGGAGUCAGUCAAGGAACACCGGUUUCCUCACGGCAUUUUUAUUGAUCACGCUCAUCCUGAUUAUUAUUCCAAUUUCCAUUGUUAUCGGCAGUCAGCAAGUUAUCAAUCUGGGACAAUCUUCUAGCUGUGGACCCUUUGGUCAAGAGAAGCCUACAUCAGUCUAUACAAAGUUUCAGCUUCAGCAGUCCCCUUUAUUCCAGAGAAUCAUGCAGUGGGCAGUGUCAGAUAGUGUGGUUUUACCAUUGUUCCUCCUGCUGUUAGCAUAUAUAUUUUACCAAAGAGUGUUGAUAUCAGGGGAGAAAAGACAUCGCCUGAUACUUCAAGCAGAAUUAUUACAGGAAUCUGAAGACAAUGCUGAUUUACUUGGAAAAUUACAGGGUAUACCAAGUUAUUCCUAAAAAUCGGAAUAAUAAUGAUUGAUCGUUAUCAUCCUAAAAAGGAGCAUACUCGUAAAUUUCAUUUUUUUUAUUAUUAGAAGGUAUUUUUAAUACAUCAUAGACACAAUAAACAACAAAAAUACUAGAUUUACAACACGAAUUUUAUAUUGAACAUAUGAUUGUAAUAAACAUGGACACCAUCUAUUGUAAUUUCUCAAAUGAAAUCUAGAAACACUCUCUGAAUUACAACAUUAAAAAAAAAACACGAUAUUUUUUAUUUUUAGCUAAAUUAUUCUUAUGUCAAGUGCCAUCUCAUUUUUAAUCUAUCAGAAAGCUGUAAAUACCU